CCUCACUCACUCACUAACGAAUAAUACUGGUUUUGAGGUUAAAAUGGUUGAAUUAUUCUGUUUUAGGCAUAUGUUUACGUUUUUUAUAGUUUGUCAGGCAGUUUGUAUUGUAAAUUCAAGGAUUCUAGAGAAUGAACUAGGCGAAGUGAUAUUUGCAAAUGUGCUCUUUAGGCAUGGUGAUAGAACGCCCAUCGAUCCAUAUCCAACAGAUCCAUUUAGAAACACUUCCUUCUGGCCAGUUGGAUUUGGUCAAUUAACAAAUACUGGAAAAGAGCAACAUUUUGAGUUGGGCCAGUGGUUGCGGAACAGAUAUGACGCUUUGUUGACGGAGCAGUAUAGUCGAGACAUGAUCUACGUCAGAAGCACUGAUGUUGACAGAACGUUGAUGAGUGCUGAGUGUAACCUGGCAGGUCUGUAUCCUCCCAAGGAAGCUCAAGUGUGGAAUGAAAACAUCAACUGGCAACCAAUCCCUGUACACACCGUUCCUGAUAAGUUUGACAAUUUGUUGGCGGCAAAAAAACCAUGUCCAGCAUAUGAAGAAGAAUUUAACAGGUUGAUGCAAACCGAAGAAAUGCAAGCAUUGAACAACACUUUCAUAGAAGUUUACAAAGUAUUGAACCAAAAUGCUGGUGAACAGGUUACUACUAUUGAACGUAUUGACUGGGUCUACAAUACUCUUUGGGUUGAGACUUUGUACAAUUUCUCGAUACCAGAGUGGACCAAGUCUAUUUUCCCUCAUCCGAUGGCAGAGGCUUCUAAAUACAGCUUUGUACUACCUACUUGGACAAAGAAACUGGCUCGCCUCAAAUCAGGUCUGUUGGUGAAGGAGAUGAUCACUAGUAUGAAAGACAAGAAGGUAACCAAACCAAAACCCAAACGCAACUUGAACAUGUACUCGGCUCAUGAUACAACAGUGUCCAACCUACUCCACACUCUGGGAGUGUAUAACAUGAUCAACCCUCCAUACACGGUGUGCUUCAUGAUGGAACUCAGGGUCAACUCUUCUGGCGACCAUCUGGUCACGAUGUUCUACCGCAACUCUAGCAGUGAGGACCCGUACUUGCUGACUCUGCCUGGAUGUUCGGCUGCUUGUCCUCUAGAUCAGUUCAUCAAACUAUUGGAGCCUGUCUCUCUAACAGUCACAGACUGGGAGAAAGAGUGUAAAGUGUCCAUCUUCAGUUCCUACAGCAUGCUGACCAUUGUUGGAUCGUCGAUAGUGAAAGGAUGCAAGAUGCUGAUUGGUUUUGUUGGUCGGCUGAGUCUGUUAAAGAUUUUAGCUGGUGACGGAAUUACAUUUGUGUUGGUAGUUCUGGUUGUGCUAAUCAUCGUGCUGCUUGCCUUCGGAGUUAUCUAUUGGACGAGGAGGAAAAGAGCCACUUACUGGUAUCGAAAACUUAAAACUGACAACCUCUCACCUCAAAACUCUGUGAUGGUUCCCUCAUUCAACAUUGUUGUGGUGCUUCUCGCCUCAGCUUCAGCGGAAACUUUCGACAACAACUUUGGUCAAGUUGUGUUCUCCCAUGUGCUAUUUCGACAUGGAAGUAGAAUGCCGCUGGAAUUCUACCCAAAUGAUCCUUAUAAAGACUCUUCAAACUGGCCUUUCAAAGUUGCUCAACUAACAGAUAUGGGCAAAAAGCAAGAGUUUGAGUUGGGACAGUGGCUGCGACGUAGAUACGACUCGUUUAUCAGUGACUUUUACAAUCCAGAGGAGGUCUACGUUCAGAGCACGGACGUUGACCGUACAUUGAUGAGUGCAGAGUGUCUAAUGGGAGGUCUAUAUCACUCGAACAAGACUGUACAUAGUUGGGAACCAGUACCUAUACAUACGGUGCCUGGUCCCAGUGACUGUAUGCUGGCAGCCACUGCGACGUGCCCUUGUCCUGCUUACAACAUGGAGGUCGACAGAGUGCGCAACCUUCCUGAGGUUCAAGCCCUGGAGAACAAGUUCCAAGAUAUGUAUGACUACGUGUCCAACCACACCGGCAACCAAGUGAGGGACUUUGGAGGCGCGAUCAAAAUCUACGACGCACUCUCCAUAGAGGAGGAAUACAACAAGACUAUUCCAGAAUGGGCCCGUUCUAUUUAUCCAGAACCCAUCAGGACGGCUGCGUUGUACAGCUUUGUCCUUCCUACUUGGACCACACAACUUCAGAAGUUUAAAAUAGGACCCCUUCUCAAGGAGAUGGUGGGACAUUUCCAAGCAAAGCGCAGUGGAUCCUUGUCACCAGAUCGGAAGGUUUGGUUCUACUCCGCUCAUGAUGCAACCAUUUCAGCUUUCCUCAACACUCUCAAAGUCUUUGAUAUUCACUUCCCUCCUUUCUCAGCCUGUGUUAUUGUGGAACUGCGAAAAAAGAGUGAAGAAUAUUUUGUCACGUUGGUCUACCGUAACAGCACAGUCAGUGAGCCCCAGCUGUUACCUAUCAAGACCUGCAGCACUCUGUGUCCUCUAGACCAGUUUAUCGGGCUGGUACACCCUCUGCUGCCUGACGACUGGGUUCAGGAGUGCCAACUGGUUGAGGAAAUGACAGUAAAUUAUCUCUGGCUUUUUGCAAUUGCAGCUGCAAUUGUCUUUCUGAUCUUGGUUACAACUCUUCUGAUUGUUUACUGCAAAAAGCGGAAAUGCUCCAGAACCUAUCUGACAAUGCCCUACCCUUACCAAGGCGGAGGUGUCAAAAACAACCCUUAUCUUCAUCAGGCUUUUACUUAUAAUUUGCCUAAGUAAAAUCACACAGUCACAAUAUAAUGUAUUGUACGGAUAUGAAUUAAGUUAAAAUCCACUUCAAAUCAAUUUUUUUCUGAUAUCGACAAUUUUGUUGUAAAAAUCAAAAUAUCUUAACUUGACGAGUUAACUGUGAUAAAUUUGUUUACUUUUGAGGCCUGAUCAAAAAGGCCUCUCUUUUCUAAAACUAAAAUAAUAACAUAGGAAACUCCCUCUCAUUUAGAUGCAUUUUUGUCUUUAAAUGGUUCGGAUGGCUGCAUUUGACAUUGAUUGGCAUUUGACUUGAGGACUUGCAUGUACACACAUUGCUUUUGUCAUUAACCACAGAAACAAAGAAUCCAAACCCUGUUAUCUGAAUAAAUCUGAAGUAACUAGUUGGGUACCUAUUGUAUAUUUGAUUUGAUAAAAUCAGUUUAUUUACUUUUCACACAUUAUGAGUGGUCUUGAAAUUAAAUGUAUCUACAUCCAUUUUGGUUUAGGCUUUUGAUGGUUUCAGAUUUGUUUUCCUAAGGUGUCAAAGUGAGAGUGAGUUUUCUUGUUUUUAGUCAUAGGUUACAGGGUCUAAUUUAGUCUUAAGGAAAAUACAUUUUCACUCUGUUGUUAGUCAUAUUUUAUUUAUUUAACAAUUCUUUUAUAAUAAAAUGUCAAAAGUUA